GCUGCUCAUGCCGUCCAAGCAAUAGCCGCCUCUCGAUGCGCACCGACCCGGACGACGCACUCGACCCGUCCGUGAGCACGACCGACGUCCAGCAGCAUGCCGCCGUCGUCGCGCCCAUUCCGCCCGCAAGGCGCCCCGUCCGAAGGAACGUCCGCCCGAGCACCGCAGAGCCGUCCAGAGAGUCGUACAUCCUGCCCUCCAACCCAGACGAGGUAGCCAUCGCUGCCGCGACCACCGACGCCCAGUCCGACCCCCGUUCGCCAGCCCCCAUCGUCGCCUCUGCGCAGGCCCCCUCAGAUUGGUCACUUCCUCCAAAAAACACUGAGAGUAUUGGUGCGGACUAUGACUGGGCGACGUUCGUCAACGCGUAUGCUCUUGGGCUCUGGGACGCUCACAAGACACCGACCCAACCGAGAUUUAUCUUCGAGCAGCCGCCGCCCCCACAACUGACCGUGACCGAGGCCUCACCGAUCGGCCGGGACGAUGUUCGGGAUCUGCAUCUGUCGAUACCCACCUCUUCGUCCGAUCCCGUACACUUGCACCAGUCUCCAAAGUCUAUCUCUCCCACCGUCGACGACUCUAUCAGGUCACGCCAAUCUGCCCCUCCAGACCCAUAUCCCCCUCCGCCCAUAGCUCCCUCAAUCACCAGAACCCCUUCCCGCCGUGUCUCAGGCCCAGCUCCUCCACAUCGUCUUCGAAACUCUUUCGCCGACAUCCGCUCCUCGUUUACCACUCCCGGCGCCACAUUAUCUUUGGGAACUCUACCACCCGUAUCUCAUCCAGAUGUCACCACCACCGCCGCUGCUAUGCGCUGGGCAGCUGCCGGCGUCAGCCUCGCUCCUCUCGCACUCCCCUCUCCAGAGCAUGAACUCACCGAUCCGAUGCGUAAUGCUCGAGCGGUCAUCCCGGACUCUCUCGCCCCAGAACUCGUCUCUCAGAUCCCUCCAUCUCCGUCGCGCGGAACUCGAACUCGGGGAAGCAGCUUCUGGGAGCUCUCUCAACCUGUAGCAGAUACCCCGUCUUUGCCACCCAUCCAAGGCAGCCCGGCGACCACUCCACCCUUCGCCAACCCCCCAUCGGACAUCUCCACCACGGCUGCCACAUCCAACGUCACAUCUCCCACUCACCCGUCUUUUCUAUCGCUGCCUCCAGCCAGUCUACCUCCUGCAACGGCCCCAGCCCAAGCCUCAUAUUCGGCGGACAUCGAUGGAGAUUAUUUCGGUUCAGCAGAAGCUCCCUCUGCACAUUCCAGCUCCGAGAAGCUCUCCAAUAUUUCCGAGCUCCCCAAUCCGGUCCUUCACCGGAGCGACACAGGCUCGUCAUUUGACACCCACACGGAUGUCCAGUCCGUCCCUGCCCUUUCCCGGCGCGUCAUCCUAACGCGACAGUUCUCAGCCCCGCUUCCCAGUCUCCAGACAUUCGAGCAUCGUCUCGAAGCUCAUCGGACGAGCUCUGACGCUACCGCGAUGAUGAGGGCCAGUAGGGCGAUCAGGGAGGAAUCGAUGUUCCUCGAGUUGGGAUACGUACCCGCUCCCUAUCCACCCGAUGAGCUCGAAAGGCGGCGCGCUUUGAACCAGUUCAACAUACGCAACUCGGGCUCCGAUAUGAACUUCGAUCGCAUCGAGCAUCUGACGAAGCUCGUGUUCAACACGAAGGUCGUCUUGAUCAGUCUCAUCGACAGCAACGAGCAAUGGUUCAAGUCUGAAUCGGGAUUGGGAGUCUCUACGUUCCCGCGAGCUGGGUCGAUAUGUGCGCACGCGAUUCUUCAACGAGGGGAUGAGCCAAUGGUCGUGCUUGACACCGCCGAGGACUGGCGUUUCGCGAAGAAUCCUCUAGUCGUCGGUCCUCCACAUGCGCGGUUCUACGCUGGUGCUCCGCUACGGACAGCAGAAGGGUACAAUAUCGGUGCUCUCGCGAUUAUGGAUGAUAUUCCAAGACAAGAGUUCAGUCCUCGGCAACGACAUACCCUGAAAGAAUUUGCUGCCAUAGCGAUGCGAGAGAUGGAAUUGUGGCGAGACAAGAUUCAAUUGCAUAUCCGCGAUCGGAUACAAACCUCUAUGGAGCAAUUCACUCGCGAGUGCUUGGAAAUUGACUCGGAAACCACUAGUGACGCCCACCGUCGUCCACCAGACUCGUCAUACUCGAUGGAUAAGGUGUACCAGCGUGCUGCAAAGCUUGUGAAGAGGACACUUGACGUCGAGGGUGCUAUCGUCAUGGACGUGUCUCACGGAGAUGUCCUCGAGACGAUGAGCGCAGAGGGCACGGUCUCAAUCAUCGUCCACAGCGCUGACGUUUCGCAGGAAAAGAAGAGCCACCUUUUAACGGGCGAGGAGUAUGCGAGGAUGUAUGAAAUGUUCAUGAAGUGUCCCGAUGGCAAGAUCUCGGAGGGCCUUGUCCCUGGACCUUUGCGACCGUUUAUUCCUACUGGCAUACAAUAUGCGCUUAGCGUGCCGAUCUUCAAUGUGGACAAGCGUCCUUUCGCCAUGCUUUGUGCAUAUAAUUCCCUGGAGCACGGGAAACGUUUCCUUGAAGGCCACGAACUCUCUUACCUCCGAGCGAUAGGUGUCAUCAUCCUUUCUGCCGUGCUCAAGCGACGAAUGACGUUGGCCGAUAAAGCAAAGAGUCUCUUCAUUUCCAAUAUAUCCCACGAACUUCGAACUCCUCUGCACGGAAUUUUAGCAGCCGCUGAACUUCUCGCCGAUACCUCACUCAACCACGGCCAGCAGUCCUUCCUUCAAACGGUCCAAGCGUGCGGAACGUCUUUGGUGGAGACCGUCAAUCACGUCCUAGAUUUCACGAAAUUGAGCGGCAACUCACAGUCGGGUGGUGUCGAGCAUGUCAUUCGUCCGAGCAAGGUUGAUCUCAUGCAGCUGAUUGAAGAGGCCGUGGAGGGUUGUUGGAUCGGGCACCGCGCUCGGAUGUCUGCUCUCAACGAUUCCGAGAUUGGCAGCCUGUAUUCACCACCCAAGCAAGAUCGCGUUGGUACCAAAACCCCCUCGAAACAUGUGGAGAUCGUUGUCGAUAUCGGUGAGCGAGACGAGGGAUGGUUGGUCCGAUGCGAAAAGGGCGGUAUUAGGAGGGUUCUUAUGAACGUUUUUGGAAACAGUUUGAAGUUCACAUCGGAUGGAUACGUCCAUGUAAUAUUAAGGCAGCUUCCUCCUUUACCAGGCCAACCGCCUGACAAGCUGAAGGUUGAGCUAACUGUUGCCGAUACAGGGAAGGGAAUCAGCCAGGGCUUCCUCAAGAACCAAUUAUUCCACCCGUUCUCGCAAGAAAAUCCUAUGCAAACCGGUACAGGCCUCGGUCUCGCUAUUGUCAACAGCAUCGUGAACUCCAAGGGCGUCGACGGCAAGGUCGAGGUGUGGAGCGCGGAGAACGUCGGGACCGAUAUCAAGGUGACGAUCACGACAGAGAUCCCGGAUGACGAGGAACGUGCAACUUCAGUGACAGAGCAGUUACAGACUGACGGCGCCGCCACAGUGUCGCUCUUAGGCUUCGACAGCCCUCAUCGCGGCGUUCAGCUCCUUCGCCGGGUCGUCACUCAUUAUCUUACCUCUUGGUGGGGCCUCCCAGUGGUCCCCCCAGACACACACGGCCACAUCUACAUCGUCAACGAGGAUAUCACGCCUUUAAUUACCGCGGUUGAGGCGAAGGACGCGCGCUGGCCAUUCAUCGUCCUUACAGCCGCGCGCGGGGAUACCCGCUUGAUGGCCACAGUUAACGAGUACGAGCGAAUUGGUGGAUUCUGUCGUGUGCUCUAUAAGCCCGGAGGCCCGUCCCGCCUGCGCAGCGCACUCAAUCUUUGCUUGCACGCACUCAAAAUCACUAUGCAGGCAUUAACCGCCGAAAGAGAGGAAAUGGUGUUGAACGCAGCCGUCCAGGGACUCGCAUCACCACCCCUUGCAGUAUCCGACACGCAUCUGUCGCCUGCGCCUACAUCUGCGCCUGGAGGUGUCUUUCGUCGCAAUUCGGAGGAAAGCCGGGCUCAUUUAUUGGGCAGCCGACCGUCUAUGGGACGCCGCUCGAUCACUGUGCAUCCUGUGACAACCUGGAGCCAAAUGACGCCUCACGAGGAGGAGCACAUAACGCCGCCAACCAGUCCUCGUCCUCGGUCAUUGAGUCUUGUCCAAGAUGAGCCUAGUCCAACGAUUGCUGUUGGGACUGGCGCAUCUCUGUUGAAGUCCUCUGUUGGGUCCCUGGAACCAGUGUCGGGCGUUCGAGUAUUGAUCGUCGAGGAUAAUAGCAUCUUGCGCAACCUUCUGGCAAGGUGGCUGUCCAGCAAAGGCUACGAAUUCCGGGAUGCUAUAGACGGACGAGAGGGUGUCCGCGUCUUCGAGUCCGAUGGACAGUUUGAUGUCGUUCUCCUUGACCUUUCGAUGCCCGUCCUUGAUGGUAUUGGUGCCACUUCUGAGAUACGAGCGAUCGAAGCUUCACGACCAAAUCAUCGUCCCGCACGAAUCCUAGCUCUCACCGGUAUGUCAUCACUAGACGAUAAGCGACGCGCUUUUGAAGCUGGUGUAGACGGCUAUCUCGUCAAGCCAGUGGCAUUCAAGACUCUUUCGGAGAUGUUCCAACAAUUGGGCGUCAAAUGAUUCGGAUCUCUGCUAACGUUUUGUCGUUCCAUCGCCAGAACAUUACUACCGACAUCGUAUCUCUUUUACGACCCUCAUUCUUAAGCAUUCUCCGCAUUAUAUUCUUUACCUCCAUGGGAUCGAUGCCUGCAUUGCCUCCCUAUCUUUUCGGACGCUGAGCGCUAUUUAUUGUGCUGAAUUCGCUCCCCAUCUUGCUUGUUUCAUGAUUCUUUUCUUUUAUCUUAUCGUCUCCUUUCUUCACUCAUCUCAGCAUCCCGUCACUGUAGCAUCUGAUCUCUUUUUUACCUGUGUGUUUGCCCAUCUCCAUUGCCAGCCUUGAAUUAUCGUCCGGUUCAGCCGUUGUAGUCUUUAACCGCUUUGUUCAACCAGUUUCUUGUCAUUUGUCUCUCGGGUUUGCGAGCAUUCGAGGGAAUGUGAUCCCCAUGUUCCGGGACUAGUUGUACUCAAUCAC